GAGAGAGAGAGAGAGAGAGAGAGAGAGAGAGAGAGAUUGAGGCGAUGCUUCAAGAGGAUUAAUAUAACUGAGCGAAACUUCCAAGAAGAGAGAGAGAGAGAGAGAGAAAGGCUCCUUCCUUCCUCCCCGAUCCAAGCUUGUGGCGGCUCUUCAGAGUUGAAUGAGUGGCGAUGUGCAGAAAAGCGCUCCUAGCCCUCCUGGUUUAUGGGAUACUCAUGCACUGCAGCGUCUACUGCUCCCCUGCUGCCGGACUUCAGUUCCCCACCUUGAGUAGGCUGGAAGAUGAGGUGUACGACGAGGAGGGCAACCCUCUGUCCGACUACGCCUUCGAGAGCGAACCCCUCGGAAUAGCUGAUCCGUCCUCCAUGCUGGAUGACGUCUACACUUUGUAUUACCCGCCGGAGAAGAGACACGCGGAUGGGAUAUUUAAUAAAGCCUACCGGAAAGUGCUGGGCCAGCUGUCGGCGAGGAAGUAUCUGCAUUCCCUGAUGGCCAAGCGGGUGGGUGGGGCAGCCAGCGGCCUGGAGGACGACUCGGAACCGCUCUCCAAGAGGCAUUCAGACGGCAUCUUCACAGACAGCUACAGCCGCUAUCGAAAACAAAUGGCUGUCAAGAAAUACUUGGCGGCAGUCCUGGGGAAAAGGCCAUGUGACGCAGGAUGCCGUUGGCAGCUUUUCCGUGCCUUCCCUUCGCCUUUUAAAUCGCCACGAGUUCACAGAUGGCUAUUUAGUGGCCCUACAAUGCUGCAACACAUCAGCUUGCAUUUCUUCCUUUCCGUUUGGUUUGGUUCCUUUGUUUUCCCCCCCUUUCCUUGCCUCUCUUUCCCCUCCUCUUCUUUCUGAUUGAGUCUCUUUGCAAAUCCUCGGGGGGUAUUAAAAAAGAACCCACCCAAAAGCCUCUGGAGAGGGUGGGCGGGAGCUGUGGCUGCGUGUGUUUGUUGCGUGUCCCUUGUGUUGGUGCGGGGCUCCUUGCCUUCCCUCCCUUCUUCCCUGCCUCCCUUUCUUUGACGUGCCAGUAAUGCUGAGCUAAGCUAAGCUUCGCCUUGCCAGUCCAGUGUGGGCUAGUUCAGUUUGCAGUCAGGCUGCCAGCCUCUGUUUUGCGCCCCACCAGCCGUGGUCGCCUCUGUAGGAUUAGCUGUCGCCAAGAGCCUUAAAUCCAACGGAUCCCAUUGGAAAUCCAGUGAUCACUGAGGUUAGAUGUCAGUCUUUUGGAGAUAUAUUUAUAUCUAUCUAUAUCUAUCUAUAUAUCUAUAUAUUUUCCUUCUUUCUGUGUAGCAACUUGAGUAUCAAAACCAAACAAAAAAACAACAACAAGCACUACAACAACUAGCGCAACAAAAAACGUAUGGUGGUGACAGCACCCAUGGUCUCACUCUUUAGGCCUUUGAGAACUGUUACUGCAAAGUGUGUAAAGUUUGUAUUAAUAAAUUUUUGUAAACAA